AUGAGGACCUUCGUAGUUUCUUUACUAAUUGUUUCGCUGAUCGCAGCUGGGGCGAAUGCGUCUGAGAAGAGACUCGAAAAACGUGGUACCUUAGGUGGUCAUGGAUACCCUAACGGCUUAGAAUUAUCCGGAGGAAUAGGUUCUGGACUUACUCUUGCAACUCACAACAUAGGAGCUGAUGUAAACUACCUUCCACCUGCAGCCUCAUUAUCGGUUGUGAAGAAACAUUACUCCGUCCCUUCCGGUCCAGCUCGAGUUUACGGUGUUCCAGCACCUGCACCAAAUUAUCACGCCGUUGCUCCUGCCUCAAUUUAUGGUGCACCUGUUUCAGUACCAGCUCCAAUCUAUGGAGUUCCUAGCCAUCCACCACUGCCAGUUUUUAAGGACCCUGUUCCAGCACCAGUUUUUAAGCACCCUCUUCCAGCACCAGUUUUUAAGCACCCUAUUCCAGCACCAGUUUUUAAACACCCUGUUCCAGUACCAGUUUAUAAGGAUCCCGUUCCAGCACCACUUUAUGGCGAUGUUGCUCCGCUCCCAUCUAUUCCCAGUUUUAACAGUGGACUUAAUUUGGGUUACGCAGGCCUACCUAGUACCUCCUACGGUGUACCAAGUACCGUUGUAGAAUCCGUACCUUCCGCUGAAAUUGCAUUCGGCUCAGCCGGUCAUCUGAAGUCAGUUAAUCUGCCAAGCCCAUUGUACGAUGUUCCAUCUGCCAGUCUUCAUGAGGGACAUAACGACGGAUAUUCAUAUCCAGUGCCAUCAAAACAGUUAUUGAUUUAAGUUAGAAUCGAUAUUAUUAAUAACAGCAAU